AUGUCGGCGGUGUUUUCCUCACCGGCUGUCGCAGCCCAAAUACUGGCGGUGAUCGUCAGCGUCGUCGUCUACCGUCGGUAUAUUCAUCCCCUUUCUGAGAUCCCUGGGCCCUUCUGGGCCUCCAUUACUCGGCUCUGGCAGAUCUGUUAUCUGUUGAAGGGAGAAGAAGCCCUCGAAGUUGUGGCGCUGCAUGACAAACAUGGCCAUUUUGUCCGGAUUGCGCCAAAUGAGGUCAGCGUCAGUCAUCCGGAUGGGCCGAGGUUGUUGCUUUUAGCACCGUUGCGUAAGGGAAACUGGUACACCCUCUUCGCCUUACCAGACUGGCGGUUUCAAAACCCCAUGUCGACAUUGGAUCCCAAAGAGAAAGUCGAGCGGUCCAAAUGGCUCUCAUCCGGAUACAGUCUCUCCAACAUCCUGAAAUCCGAAGAGUACAUUGACAAGAAUAUUGCUCAUUUGCAGGACUGGAUGGACAAGUAUGCCGCUGAUCACAAGCCGAUGCACUUGGACAAGUUUCUCUCUUACACCGUAUUCGACAACACAGGCGAGGCUCUCUUUUCGGAACCAUUUGGCUUCAUUUCCGAAGGCCGUGAUGUAGGUGGAGCGUUGCGGAACAACGAGAUCCUGAAUCCCGUUGUGGCUGCAUUUGGCUUCUUGACUGUCUUCCAAUGGAUAUUUGCGAACCCAGUUGUUACUUGGCUGGGGGUACUGCCCAUGGGGCAUCUCUUCGACACGACUACAAGAGCCAUGAAGAAGCGUCAGAAGAAUCCGGACGCUAGGUUUGACAUUGCUGCUCAUUGGUUCAGGAUGCAGCAGAAGAAUCCGGAUCGCCUGAGUCUUCGUCAGGUCGAGGCUCAGGCUACGCUCAGUGUUGGCGGUGGAGCGGACACAAUAUCAUGUGGAAUCCAAAGUUUUGUAUACCACAUGAUGCGCCGCCCUGAACUGUGGGAACGUGCCCGACAUGAGAUCGAUGCCGUCAACAAGGACGGAAUCUGCCAGGGUACACCUGUGUCGUUUUCAGAGGCACAGAACAUGCCGUUUCUGCAAGCUUGUGUCAAAGAGGCAUUGCGCAUCCUAGGACCAACACCAUCCGGCCUGCCGCGGGUCGCACCGAAAGGGGGUUUGUCAAUAGGAGACCGGCACUUUCCUGAAGGGACAGUUCUUUCCAUACACGGGCACGUGAUGCAGCUGUCUAAAGAGCACUGGGGUCCAGACGCCCGGGAGUUCAACCCUAACAGAUGGUUUGCUGAUGAUAUCGGAACUAAGGAAAAGUUCUGGCUCGUGUUCGGUGUUGGGUAUAAUUCAUGUCCGGGCCAGCAUUUAGCCAGGGUGCAGAUCACCAAAAUGGCGGCUACCAUCGUGCGCGAUUACGAUAUCCUGCAGGUCGACCCCUGCAGCGAGUGGAAAUGGAAGGCUUACAUAUCGAUUGUCCCGCAUUCUUGGCCUGUGUAUGUUCAGAAAAGAACUUUGCGAUAUAAGCAGUGA